UAUUGACUCAUCGAUUCAAGCAACUCUUCCACCUCGAUAUUUACCGCUCGCACGACGUCAAACUCGCGGAAAUGGCACCAAAAGGGGGGAACGCAAAGAAGGAAGCUGGUCGUGCAAAAAAGGCCGAGAAUGAAACCAAGAAAGCCGAGGUUGCAGCUUCUGUAAAAGAGCGAAAGGAAGCCCUUACUUGGGAGGAUGGUGCUAAAACCGCUAAAACCAAAGAUACCAAAGAGGAAAAGCGAAAGGCAGAUCUCGCUCGAAAAGCUGAAAACGCUAGGUUAUUGGCGGAGGAAGAGUCGUCUGCGCCAUCGAAGGUUAAAUCCGCUCCCAAAGCUGGUUCCACUGCAAAGAAGAGCAAAGUGCCUCAAGCUCCCGCUGGACCAGGUGCGAUAGCUGCUGGAGGUGGUUUAGGUGCGACUAAAGAGGACGAUCGAGACGAUGCAAAGAUCGAGAGCUAUGCUGCCACUGGAAUCGAUAACGCGCUUGACCUUCUCGAAGUCGUCAACGCGAAGGCGGAUAAAGCCAGCAUUGGAACCCAGGCCGCUGGUAUUGAGAGACAUCCCGAGAGAAGAUUCAAGGCUGCACUUGAGGCGUACCAUGAGCGCGAAAUGCCCAAGCUCAAGGUUGAUCAUCCCGGCCUUAGGCUUCAGCAAUACAAGGACCUUCUCUAUAAACAAUUCCAGAAGUCGCCUGACAAUCCGUUCAACCAAUCUCAAGUAGCCUAUAACGCAAGUAAAGAGGAGAAAGUCGAGGUCCUCAAGCAGAAACAGUCAGAGGUGAAAGAUAGAUUGAGGGAUCAUUGAAAGACGACGCACAAGUCAUCUCAAAUAUUCGUUCCCGUAACCAUGAAGAGCGCGCCGCGGGAAGGUGGAUGGUUUCAGAGUGUCAUGUUUGAAGCAAGGAAUAUUCGGAGUGCGAACUUAGAGGGUAAUCAAUGGCUAGACGUAAACCACAGCCUGGGUAUCUUGCAUCACUGCAGUGGAUCCAUUGAAAUAUAAGCACCUUGACUUGAGCGGCGCCUCACAUGAAGUGGUUACACGCACGCGACAAAUGUUAGUGUAUUCAUGUCCUCGCAAAGUAAAACUUCUGAUAGCAUAAUUCACGAGAAUCCUGAAGAAGUAGUCUAGUAAGUCGAGUAGUACUUCAGAUGAUAGAUUGUCCGAU